UCGUUAAAUAUCUCCGCCGCCCCAGACGGGGAUUUUCCUCUCCCGCUAUCCCGUUUCUUCUCGGGAAAGUGUUGCUUGCUCAUACGGAAGUCGGAACGGAAGCUAAUUACAACCUAACUCUCCGAUUCCGCUUUGAUUGUGAACUUUUCCGGUUGUAAUUCUCUUCCGUUCGGUAGAUCAGCUAUUGAUUCUUCCAACUAUUCUCUUCCCAGGUUACUGUGUUCGUUUUUUCCAUUGGCGAAAACGCAGUUACUCGACGAACAGUAAGCAAAAUGAGCUCCAUCUCUCUGUCUUGUGCGCUUGCUCUUGCGCCGGCUUAUCCUCACCACCUUCCUAACUCUCAGCGCCAGCAAUUGUGUCGCCGGCCUCUGCCUUCGUCUAAUUCUCUCACUAGGUUGCAGAGGUUUGAGAUCUCCGACCGAAACUCCGCCGGACCUCCCUUGCCUCUGGUUCUCGCUUCCGCUGGAGCUGGCGUCCUCAACUCCUUUCCGAUACGAGGAACAUAUACGGUUGGUGAUUUUAUGACUAGAAAGGAGGAUCUGUUUGUUGUUAAACCUACAACAACAGUUGAUGAAGCAUUAGAAACCCUUGUGGAAAAGAGAAUAACUGGUUUUCCUGUUGUGGAUGAAGAUUGGAAUUUGGUUGGGGUUGUCUCAGAUUAUGACUUGUUGGCACUUGAUUCGAUUUCAGGUGGCACUCAAAGUGAUACUAAUCUGUUUCCUGAUGUGGACAGUUCGUGGAAAACAUUCAAUGAGAUACAGAAACUUCUCAGUAAAACAAAUGGUAAAGUUAUCGGCGACCUGAUGACACCUGCUCCACUAGUCGUUCGUGAAACUUCAAAUUUAGAAGAUGCUGCCAGGUUGUUGCUCGAAACAAAAUAUCGUCGAUUGCCAGUAGUAAAUGCAGAUGGCAAGCUGGUGGGUAUCAUUACUAGGGGAAAUGUUGUUAGAGCAGCAUUGCAGAUAAAACGUGCUGCGGAAGGGUCGACAUAAUUCUAGAAACAUUGGCUGGUGGUGCUCCGAGGUAAACAUGUAUCACAAAAGCUUAGCAUUGUUUGUAGAUCAUGAAUAUAGUAUCCUAUAGUUUACACAUGGUUGGGUUGUUCCUGAAGUUGUGGAUUCCGUCCUCAAGCAAACUAUAGCUUUAAAAAUGGAAGUUCAUUGAUGCUCUAAGAUUCUUCUUCCCAAUCUCCCAACUACGAAAUGUUGGUCCAUGUCAAUACUUGAGUAUCCCCAGCAUUUCAGGUCGACCCGCUAUUAGAUUUCAUUAUGAAGUUGGGUCAUUUUUGUUGGAACCUCAUUCUUUAGAUUUCCCUGAACGUUUUGAAUAUGAUCUGCGAGUAUUUUUCUACUGCUUUAA